AUGCCAGCAGAGAUUGCCGUGUCCCCUACUGAUACAAGUAGUCUACUAGUCAUUAAAUUUGAUACCAAAUCUGUAUACUAUGAGAAUUACAAAAAGCUUCUAUUAGACUUAAAAUGCGAAAAAACAUUUGUUGGUGUUUUAACUGAAGAAGAAGCGGACACAUCCUUAACAGACUUGACACGGACUGAUACAGAAUUAUUCGAUAAAGCAAAGAAUGUCGUUUCGAGAACUAAAGAAGUAGCACAUGCUUUUUCUGAUCCUGUUCUUUCUAGCCAACUACAUGCUCCACCUCCUCAUCCUACGUCGAUUCGCAAUGUUUACUUUGGUAAUUACAGAGUGAAGCCAUGGUAUACUUCUCCAUAUCCUGAAGAAUAUAGCUGCUCGAGGAAUCUUUAUCUAUGUGAGUCUUGUCUCAAAUACAUGAAUAGCGACUACGUUCUUCAGCGGCACAGAAUGAAAUGCGCUUGGAGGCAUCCACCUGGUGACGAAAUUUAUAGAGAUCAGAGCAUUUCAGUCUUUGAAGUGGAUGGGCAGCGACAGCCUAUUUACUGUCAGAACUUGUGUCUACUGGCAAAAAUGUUUCUACAAUCUAAAAUACUUUGUUACGAUGUUGAACCCUUUCUCUUUUACAUAAUGACUGAAUACGACGGGACCUGCUGUAAAAUUUUAGGAUAUUUCAGUAAGGAAAAGAGAUCAGCUUCAAAUUACAAUGUGUCUUGCAUCUUGACUUUACCAAUAUAUCAGCGAAGGGGUUAUGGUGCUUUUCUGAUAGAAUUCAGUUACUUAUUAAGUAAGGCUGAGGGAAAAUAUGGGUCUCCCGAGAAACCACUGUCUGAUUUGGGCUUACUUUCCUACCGUAGUUAUUGGAAAAAGCGCGUUGCUGAGACUUUAUUAGGUAUGAGUUCUACGAUGAGCAUUGAAAAUAUAGCUCAAGCAACUUCUAUGGUUUGCGAUGAUGUAAUUUCAGCUUUGGAAUCAUUAUCUGUUUUAAAAUACGAUAUGAAAAAGAAAAUUUAUGUCCUUCACGUUGACAAGAUGAAGUUAUACAAUGUGUGUAAAAAGUGGGAUGAAAAACAUCCUCAAAGAGUGAAUCCAACUUGCUUACGUUGGACUCCCUAUAUUGGUGAAGCUAAAAUAUCAGAUCUACUUUUACAAGAGAAUCUUUUACUUCCUUUAAGCAAUUUAAAACACAUUAAUGAAGGGCUCUGCUCGAAUUACUAA